AUGCCCACCUUCCUCGAUCUCCCUCGUGAAAUCCGGGACGAAAUCUACCUAUCCCUCCUCCUCUUCAACGUCCCCCCAGAUCAUGAAAUAAAAAGCUCCCCCUGGGGUGCUCAGGGGAGACCAUGUCUUAAUGUAUCAAUCCUGCGAGUGAACCACCAAAUACACGAGGAAGCGUCACAGAUCCUCUACGGACGCAAUGUCUUCCCGCUUCGAGUCUGUGUGGAAGGAUCCGGAUUUAGAGAUAGUAAGCCUCACCAUUGGUUUUCGGUUUCUUAUGAAACUGUGUGGGAGAGUGUUGGAAGUCGCGACGAUAUCGAUGCUGUCCCUGAGAGACAUAAGCUAUGGUUUCAGAGAAUUACAGAUGGACGAUUUAAGUUACCACCAGCUCAACGUUACCGGCGUCUCCUCCGUCGCUUCUCUGUAUCUAUUAGGGACUAUAGGUCAAGCCAGUGGGUCGAUGAAAUCCCUGCUCCUGGGGACCCGGAACGCCGGAAUAGAAGGAUUCUAAAAUCAAUGCUGGUCCCUGUCGAGCAUCGACUUGCAUCUUUAAUUGCUGAUGAAAAGCAAACUAUAAAUUUGAAUAUAACAAUCCACCGAUGUGUACACAAAGAGAAUUUCUCGUUUGUAGCCGUUUACGGCCCUCAAGCUUCGAAUCAAGGAUACUUCCACCAGCUCGCAUAUAUUGCGUGGCCGUUAACAACUGGACACAGAACAUAUAGUUUGAAAGUGGCGGAGCAAUAUGACGGGAUGGAGUGUCAAUUCGAUGCAAUUAAGGAAGAAGCAUUGGAACAAUGUGCAUUGGAGCCUGGGCUGGAUGGACAGGGCGAAGGAGAAUUUAGUGUUAGUUAUGCUAAUCGGGAUACCGCAGGGACUCUACAGAGUUCUACGGGAUUCAGUACGAAAAAAAAGUUGGUAUUGGGGGCGACGUGGUAUUUGGGACCUUUGGAGAGUUUAUAG